CGGAACUGCGCAGCGCCAAGAUGGCGGCGGCCGCGCUCGGAGUCUCCUUGAGGCACCGCGUCCCCGCGCGGCUCCUGCGGGCCGGGCUGCGGGCGGAGUGCCGGGGAGCCCAGACGGCAGCGGCGGCAGCGCCGCGGCUCAAGAAAUUCGCCAUCUACAGAUGGGACCCCGACAAAGCCGGGGACAAACCCCGCAUGCAGACCUACGAGGUGGACCUCAACAAGUGUGGGCCCAUGGUGCUUGAUGCUCUGAUCAAGAUUAAAAACGAGAUGGACUCCACCCUGACCUUCCGUAGGUCCUGUAGGGAAGGCAUCUGUGGCUCUUGUGCCAUGAACAUUGGAGGGGGGAACACGCUGGCCUGCAUCAAAAAAAUUGACUCUGAUCUCAGCAAGGUCACCAAAAUCUACCCUCUGCCCCACAUGUACGUGGUGAAGGACCUUGUCCCGGACCUGAGUAACUUCUAUGCUCAGUACAAAUCCAUCGAGCCGUACCUGAAGAAGAAGGACAAGUCCAAGGAGGGCCAGCAGCAGUACCUGCAGUCCAUAGAAGACCGUCAGAAGCUGGACGGGCUCUACGAGUGCAUCCUGUGUGCCUGCUGCAGCACCAGCUGCCCCAGCUACUGGUGGAACGGGGACAAGUACCUGGGCCCCGCCGUCCUCAUGCAGGCCUACCGCUGGAUGAUCGACUCCCGGGACGACUACACGGAGGAGCGGCUGGCCCAGCUGCAGGACCCCUUCUCCCUGUACCGCUGCCACACCAUCAUGAACUGCACCAGGACCUGCCCCAAGGGUCUGAACCCUGGGAAGGCCAUUGCUGAGAUCAAGAAGAUGAUGGCAACCUACAAGCAGAAGGCGACGGCUGCGUAACCCCCUGGAACCUCCGUGUAUCCCCCUUGGAAUCUCCAUGGAACCCCCCCAGGGGCUCCACCCGGACACAGCUUCCACCCGGGGCAGCCACAGGAGCUUCCAGCAGGGAGUUGUUCUUCCCAGAGGUUUGCACUUCCAAUAAAGACUGGAAAGAACAA